AUCCUCAGCAGCACCACCACCAUUCGGCUGAGUCGAAUUCCUCUCACCUCGCAACGCUCCACCACCACCACCAUCGCCACGUGGAGUGAGGCAGUGGACGAGGAGGCAGUGAAGGAUGAGAAAGGAGUGAAGGAAGGAGUGAAGGAAGGAAGGACAAGAAGAAGCAGAUCUACAGAGAAGAAGGAGGCGGAGGAGAGUUGCCCAUCGACCACCCACUCGCGUGUCGCAGGAAGCGUCUUGGCCGCGUCUCUCUCCCCUCCCGUCGGCGUCCCUCGGCUCGGACUGCUCCUCGUGCCUCUGCGCUCGCCCCCAGCUCACUCGGCGUGAGAUGCUGAACGACCACCACGGAACGAGGCCCUGACAGUCGCGCCGCGUGUGAUUGCUGAAUUACUUUGAACGUAAUCGUGGGGAGUGAUUCUUCCAUUGCACGGCGUGCACACGCGGACAGACCCCGCGUUGCCGUCACAGGCAACCGCGUUGACCCGAGGAAUUUGGACCGGCGACAAAAGUUGCCAGCAACAAAAAGAAGAAGCAUUUCGUCUUAUGAGCACCUGGCACUCGACCGCCGCUGUUUAUGGAGAUGACUACAGAACAACAACAUCAGCAGCAGCAUCACCUCCAUCAUCACCACCACCAGCAGCAUCAGCAACAUCAUCAUCAUCAGCAGCAGCAGCAGCACUCAUCAAUGCACAUACCUCCGGGGACACUAAAGCCGACGGGACUUGAUGUGACCCCGUGUGGCAGCAUCAUCAGCAGCAUCAUCAGCAGCAGCAGUAGCAUCAUCAGCAGCGCUAGCGGCAACAUCAACAGCGGCAGCAGCAACAACGCCGCAACAGCCAGCACCACCACAACGUCCAGCAGUAGCAGCAGCAGCAUCACGAAUAGCACCACAAACAGCAGCAACAGCACCACCAUCACCACCACCACGAGCAACAGCAGCAGCAACAACGCAGCAGCAGCAGCAGCAACAACAACAACAAACAGCGGCAGCGGCAAAGCGAAGAAGUCGUCUGCGGGCUUGCGGAGACCGGAGAAGCCUCCCUACUCCUACAUUGCGCUGAUCGUCAUGGCCAUCCAGAGCUCGCCCGGCAAGCGUCUCACCCUCAGCGAGAUCUACCAGUUCCUCCAGAACCGAUUCCCAUUCUUCCGCGGCGCCUACCAGGGCUGGAAGAACUCGGUGCGCCACAACUUGUCGCUCAACGAGUGCUUUAUCAAGCUGCCCAAGGGGCUCGGACGGCCGGGCAAGGGUCACUACUGGACCAUCGACCCGGCGAGCGAGUUCAUGUUCGAGGAGGGGUCGUUCCGCCGGAGGCCACGUGGAUUCCGUCGUAAGUGCCAGGCGCUGAAGCCGGUGUACGGCCUCAUCAAUGGAUUCGGCUUCAACCACCACCACCACCACAACCACGCCGUGCUGUCACCGGGAUUUGACUAUCACCACCACCACCACCACCAACAGCAACAACAACAGCAACAGCAGCAGCAUCAGCAUCAUAACCACAGCAGCAGCAACCCUCACCCGGCCCACCACCACCACCAUCAUCACCACGGUGGUGGUGGUGGUGGUGGCGGUGUCAUGCAAGGCUGUUCGCCCGUCGGCCAAGCAGGAAUGACGGUGGCCUCGCUCGGUUUGGUCGACCUCGGUGGAGGUGGUGGAGUUGGUGGUGGAGGUGUUGGUGGUGCAUCGAUGAACGGGCUGACUGCACGUGCCUCGCCCGUGUCCGCUGCGGCGUACGACGUGGGCUGCGCUGGCGUGACGGCACUCGACUUCCUGCACCAGCACAGCAACGUCGGGUCGCCCGGAGGCAUCGACCACGCGUCGGUCUACGCGUCCAGUAGCGCACUCCAUCAUCAUCAUCAGCAGCAACAGCAGCAGCAGCAACAGCAGCAUCAUCAGCAGCAGCAUCAUCAGCAGCAGGAUCACGACGGCGGACAGACCUCGCCGCUGGGACAGGUGUGGAUGCAAGCAGGCGGCUCUGUGUUGAUGUACGGCAAGGCGGCGAUGCAGAUGUCUCCGUGCGACAGCGCGCAGCAGCAGCAGCAGCAACAGCAACAACAGCAACAGCAGCAGCAGCCGUUUGGAGGCCACAUGGAGCAGAUGUAUGGAGGACACGAGACGUUGGAUAUUCCAGAGCGGUGUUCUUCCGGAACGCAGCAACAACAACAACCACCGCAACUACCACAACUACCGCCGCCGCCACCGCCGCCGCUGUCGUUACAGGAGAACAGACUGCACGCGCGUCCUAGACACUGCUACGGAUUCGUUUAAUCCGGAAGAUCGUCCCUGGAGUACAUUUCGCACAUUUCUGUUUGAGCCUCGGACCUGUUCGCGAGAUCGUAAGGACACCACGGCGCGCGUGCCUCCUGUAAUGUCGGAUUAUAUACCGUGGGUUUUUGCGCGGUAGUGGUAGUGCCUUACGCCGAGAAAUUCAGACCGCUCCAAGACACAGGAUAUGUACAGCGGCAAGCACCAGCGCCGAAGGGGUGAGAAACAGAUCCGGCCCCUCGAUCCACUGCUGGAUGAGAGGCCGCCGAUGGGGAGGUAUCUGACCAAACUUCGCGAGCGGUUGUGCACACAGGAGAUGAUUAAAGACACCCCGACGCCACGUGUCGCCUGAACAAGACUGCCCGGGGCAAGUGCUGUUAGUAGCGAGUAGCAGCACCGACGGAGGCCGGGCGCUGUGUGGCACACGAGGGAGAUGGGUGGUCGGAACCACGCCCGGCCGCCUUUGUCUCCCCGGUGGCGAUGUUUACACAUCGCACAAGGUUACUCGUUUGAGGCUGAGUCGACCUAGGGGAGGCCCACGGCCGAUUCAGAGAUAAUCGGUGUUGGUGUUCGACCGUGAGCAGCAAUCGAACUCGGGUCGCCGGGUUCGUAACACAGCGGUGCACAUAGGAGUACAGUACAACACAGCCUUGGAUUUGCUGUUGUAGCAGACAGCAUGGUCCAGCGCUGUCCCAACAGCGCCUAGGAGAUGUUGACGACCUCGCCUGGUACGCAGGAGGUCGUGGGUUCGACCCCGACCCUGACGAUGCCUGCUGCUGCUGCUGUAUAUUUGGAGUCUGCGUGUCUCUCCCUCCUCCGUUGGUCGCGUAGAUUUCUCGCCGGUGUCGUCCGAUUUUUUCCGUCCCUCCACAUUUUAGAAUCGACGAUCACCACGCGUUUAGGGAGUUUUCGGCCACUGCUAUGAACUUCCACGCGGCGAUGUCGGUGGUCCACUUCAUUGAGCUGUCACGUGUGAUUGCCAGUUCGCUUCUGAAUAAGAGCUGCAGAGCAGCUGAGUGGGGACUUACCUGGUCAUGCUGCCCAUGGUUUUGCCGUGGUGGUUUGGCAAGCCGAUGAGACCCACAGAGGUCGAAACCGACCCAAUUUUUUUUCGUCUUCUUUUAAGGAAGAAAAUCCUGCUGGGAAUCAUUGGGCAGUGAGGCAUUUCGAUAGGCUGACUGGGCCGUAUGCACUACUCUCUAUAACUGUAUGUGAUGUAUUUACUUAUAUCGCUAUAUGUGUAUAGAGCGCUGGCAACCCGAGGUUAAUUAACGAUCAUCACGGCCACCAUCACCAGUGACGAUUCAUUAUCUGAACCGGUCCCGGGCCCUCCCCUAGUAAGUGCUACUCGCGACGAACAGCACUUGCCCCAACAGUCUGUUAAGGCUGUACGGGGGAUCUUUGUAUUUGUAUGUACUGUAAAUAAUAGGGAGCGGUGGUGCAUCGGUUAGUGCGCUGCGCUACAAAUCCAGCGACCCAAUUUCCAUUCCCGCGCACGCAAUCCGGGCCUCCUCUAGGUCGACUCAGCCUCAAAUUAGUACCUGGUAGCGUUGUGUAAACAUGACCACUGAGGGGGGGGGGAGACAAAGGCGGUCGGGCGGGCGUGGUGCCCGUAGCUUUCGUAGGCGCUGCUGCUACUCGCUGCUAACAGCACUUGCCCCAACAGUCUGUUGCAGGCUACACGGGGGAUCUUUGUAUUUUUCAUGUUAACAAACAAAACGUGUUAACGUUUACUUAAUAAGCCAGGCCUUAUCUAUACACAUAUAUCGGACAAUCUAUUGAUGUACUUGUUGUUGUAUGUGUUCCUCGUUAAAGUGUGAGAGAUUAACGCGUUAGAUUGUACGCGAUUAACGGAUAUGCCGAGCGGUCCAUUUGCAGAUACCCCACCGCGUGUCUCAUGCCAAUCUCAAUAACGCAGCGCGUCACUGCUGGGGGUUAAAUAAAGGAUGUCAAUCUCUGGACGUAACGAACCCAACAGGGUUAAAUAAAGGAUGUCAAUCUCUGGACGUAACGAACCCAACAGGGUUAAAUAAAGGAUGUCAAUCUCUGGACGUAACGAACCCAACAGGGUUAAAUAAAGGAUGUAAAUCUCUGGUCGUAACGAACCCAACAGGGUUAAAUAAAGGAUGUCAAUCUCUGGACUUAACGAACCCAACAGGGUUAAAUAAAGGAUGUCAAUCUCUGGACGUAACGAACCCAACAGGGUUAAAUAAAGGAUGUCAAUCGCUGGACUUAACGAACCCAACAGGGUUAAAUAAAGGAUGUCAAUCUCUGGACGUAACGAACCCAACAGGGUUAAAUAAAGGAUGUCAAUCUCUGGACUUAACGAACCCAACAGGGUUAAAUAAAGGGUUGCCGAUUACGUGAGACAAGGCAUCUGUCCGGCUAAUCGCGUGGCGAAAUAAAGGACCCCGAUCGCAAGAGACAAUGGAUCUAAUUGACCCCUCUCACUCGUGGUUAAAUAAAGGACGCCGAUGGGAGUUCUCGUAAGCGAAGUUCUCAGCAGGUUACAUUAAAGGGUCGUGGUUACAAGCCAGGACGCCCGUGGCAGGCAACUGGGGUAUCUGCAAAUGGAUCGCGACGAUGGCAGGAACGCGUCCUGCCAUGGGGGCUCUUGCCCCCACGGGCUGCCCAAGGCUACACGGGGCGCUUUUGCCUUUAUAGUUGUCGGAGCAUGUCCCGGACAUUCUCGGGGGGCCAGACAAUCAUUGCUAGCGGGCUGUGCCGGGUGGUGGCGGCGGCUUUCACGACACAUUUGUAUAUUUACGCGAUCUAACCCCCCCACCCCCCCCCCCAAAAAAACACUUACGGAUGAUAUUGGUCGCGAAAGCCUCACGUGUUAGGCAAGUUAAUUAGGGAUUAGUUUUGCACGCUGUCAUCAUCAUCAUUAUUAUUGUUGUUAUCCUAAUAAAAUUAAUUUAUAAUCGUAAAUAUUCGCGCAUUAAUUUCACGGGGUCUUUGCGUUCAUUGUGAAAAUCGAGAAUCGGUUGUUACCCCCUUUUUGUUGCCAAUAAAACAGGAGUUGUGUUUGUUCAAUCCUCGAGUCGGCCGUCUUUCGCAAGGCAUCAAAGACCCGCAUUGUAACACGUGACACCUCUUCUUGUUUUCAAAUCAUUCUUAACGCUGCCAACGAAAAGUCCCAUCGGUAAUUUGUAGAGGUGUGGAGUGAGUCACGCACCUACGGGCACUUGCCCCAGCUGCCUGCGAGAGGCUAUACGGGGAAUCUUUGUCUUUACAAACAGAUACAGAUCCCCCGUGUAGCCUCUAACAGGCUGUAGGGGCAAGUGCUGUUAGCGAGUAGCAGCGCCUAUGAAGGCCGGAACGGCACACGAGGGGGUGGGUGGCCAGCACCACGCCCGGCCGCCUUUGUCUCCCCGGUGGCGAUGUUUGCUACGCACCUUACCAGGUACUCAUUUGAGGCUGAGUCGACCUAGGGGAGGCCCAAGACUUGUUCAUAUAAUCGUCACCGAGUGGCCGGGUUUGUAGCGCAGCGUAGCGCUAACCGCUACACUACCGCUCCCCACACACUCACGCACACACACAAGACAAAGAUUCCCCAUAUAGCCCUAACAGACUGUAGGGGCAAGUGUUGUUAGCGAGCACCUAUAAAGGCCGGCACGACACACGAGGGGGUGGGUGGCCAACACCACGCCCGACCGCCUUUGUCUCCCCAGUGGCGAUGUUUACACCGCACCAGGUACUCAUUUGAGGCUGAGUCGACCUAGGGGAAGACCAGGACCGCUUCAGAUAAUCGUCACCGGUGUUGAUUGUGAGCGGGAAUCGAACCCGGUUCGCCAGGUUCGUAGUGCAGAGCGCUAACCGCUACACCCACCGCUCCCCACACACUCACGCACACACACAGACACACACACAAUCAUCAUCACACAGACACAAUCAUCAUCAC